UGACGUUCUGCAAUUUCUCGUUUCUCCUCUUCCAUACCGUUCAUAAGAGAGAGAUCUAUUGAUAUUCUCAUCUGGGUAAGUGAAAUUAUUCGAUUUCUUUUCGGAUUUUUGCAUUCUGGGUUGUGGUGGAUUGAGAGAGAGAGAGAGGAAGAGAUGAAUGGGAUAGUAGAGAGAGCUCUGAAGUGUUUGGGGAGAGGAUUCGACGUGACGUCGGAUUUCAGACUGAAAUUUUGCAAGGGAGAAGAUAAGCUGGUCCUGAUCAAUGGGUCUGAAACAAGAGAUCUCUCAGUUCCCGGAUUCGGCAUCUACAAGAACAUCUCUGUCGACGUUAAAUGCGACAAAGGAGAUCGAAUCCGCCUUCAAUCCGAUGUUCUUCAAUUCAAUCAGAUGUCAGCUCUAUUCAAUCAGAUGAAUUCGCUGGCUGGGAAGGUUCCGAGCGGGUAUUUCAAUGCAAUGUUUGGAUUCGAUAGUGGGACAAUGGCCAAAGAUGCAUCAGAGACGAAAUGUCUGGCCCUCGACGGAUAUUUCAUCUCCCUCUUCAAUCUACGGCUCGAUCACUCUCCACUCAUCCUAUGUGACCAUGUCAGGAACGCCGUUCCCAACAGCUGGGACCCACGUGCUCUUGCAAGGUUCAUUGAAAAAUAUGGGACCCACAUCGUCACAGGCCUGAGUGUUGGAGGGCAGGAUGUAGUUUUUGUGAGACAAAAUCAAUCAUCUAACUUGCAACCAUCUGAGCUCAAGAAGCACUUAGAUAAGCUUGGGGAGCAGUUGUUUACUGGGACAUGCACCCUUUCCCCUCUUCGUUUGAAAUCAAAGGAGUACAAAAAUAAGGUUCCACAUGCUUUCAAUGUCUUUGAUCAUCAACCCGUGCUUAUUGAUAGCUUUGCAUCCUUGCCAGUGACUAAAGAUGGAAUUACGGUGAUAUGGUCCAAAAGAGGAGGGGAUGCAAUGGCCCAAAGCCACUGCGAGUGGCUCCUGACCGUCCCUUCAAUGCCUGAUGCUAUCAACUUCACCUUCAUUCCUAUCACCUCUCUCCUCAAAGGCGUUCCUGGCAGAGGCUUCCUAUCUCAUGCCAUCAACCUCUACCUACGUUACAAGCCUCCAAUAGCUGAUUUAGAGUACUUCCUAGACUUCCAAUGUCCCAAGAUGUGGGCCCCUAUUCACAGCGACCUCCCUUUGGUCCGAACAAACAAAGCUACCCCAUCUGAAGCCCUCCAAUUCAACUUGAUGGGCCCAAAGCUAUACGUCAAUACGGCUCAGGUAAUUGUGAAGAGACAACCCGUGACAGGAAUGAGAUUGUAUUUGGAAGGCAGGAAAUCCAACAGGUUAGCCAUCCACCUUGAACAUCUAUCAAACAUCCCGGCAGUCCUCAGAGACAAUAACGACGGCACGCUGAUGUGGCGCGGGUCCGAUGAAAUCGCCGACGAGAGGUACUUCGAACCGGUGCAAUGGAAGAAAUUCUCACACGUAUGCACCGCACCAGUAAAAUACAAUCCAGGGUGGGCCCACGACCCAGACACCGCAUUCGUGGUUACCGGGGCCCAACUACAGGUAUUGAAGUACGAGUCGAAGAACGUGCUCCACCUACGGCUCUUGUUUUCCAAGGUAUCGAGCUGCGGCGUCUAUCGAUCGGUCUGGCAACAAGGACCGUCGGAUACCUCUCAAAAGUUUAGCUUGUUAUCAGCUAUUAGCACGUCCAUAACUGGGUUUUCUGAUAAAGAGAAGCAACCGCCUAUCGUGAUCGUUGAUUCGGGUGUGUUCCCGACGGGCCCACCUAUGCCCGUUCAAGCUCAGAAGCAUUUGAAGUUCGUGGAUACUUCACACGUGUGCAAGGGGGCACAAGAUAGCCCUGGGCACUGGUUGGUGAGUGGGGCUAAGUUAGAUUUGGUAAAAGGGAAGAUAUGUGUACAUGUGAAGUUCUCUCUUCUUAAUUUUAGUUCUACAUGUAAAUGAAAUCUUUAUUCUUAUA